UGACCCGUCUCAGACCCGACAGCGUUCUCUUCAACCCGAGGGUCUCCCCAGGCUUCAACGUACGCCCAGCCCAGGUCUGCUUCUCCUCUCCUAUCAAUGGCGGCAAUUUUAUGCCCGCCGUCCUCUGCGUUUACUGGGGACUCCACGGUUUCGCUUCAAACUCAUCUCUUCUUCCCUCUCCUCCGCCUCUGCCAAACCCCAACGGAACUUAAACAGGUCCAUGCCUACGCCGUCAAAACAGGUAUCUUUCAUGCCCUUCCCGUCUCCUCCCGCAUUUUGACGGUCUACUGCAACCCUGACAUGGGAUCCCUGGAGUACGCCCGCUCAGUAUUCGAUCAAAUUCCGCAACCAAACUCUUUCGCCUGGAAUUCUCUCAUCAAACGCCUUGUUGACGAUCACCAGUCCCAUUCUGCCGUUCUUCUCUUCAAGCAAAUGCUCACUGCCUCUUCCGCGCAUCCAGACAACUUCAACCUCCCUUGCGUCAUCAAGGGCUGUGCAAAGCUUGGUGCUCUCUUUGAGGGAAAGCAAGUACACUCCCUCGCCCUCAAAACCGGCCUUGGUGGUCACAGCUUCGUGCAGAGCAGCUUGGUGAGUUUUUACUCUAAAUGUGAUGAUUUAGAAAUGGCAAAGGAGGUCUUUGAUCGUGUUUGCGACAAAGAUUUGGUGACUUGGAACUCUUUGAUCGAUGGUUAUGUUAGGUGUGACAAAAUUGAAGUUGCAAGGAUGCUGUUUGAUGAAAUGCCUGAACGGGAUUCAUUCACAUGGGCUUUGAUGAUUAAUGGAUAUUCGAAGUGUGGUGAGAUUGAGACUGCAAGUGAGAUGUUUGAUAGAAUGCCUGUGAAAAAUGUUGUUGCUUGGAAUGCGAUGAUUCAUGGUUAUAUGAAGAAAGGUGAUAUUGGAUCUGCCAGGAGAUUAUUUGAUAGUAUGCCGGAGAGGAAUUUGGUCAGUUGGAAUUCAAUGAUAACAGGGUUUGAAAAGCUUGGUGCCUUCAAGGAAGCACUUGAGGUUUAUGAACGAUUGUUUGGGGAAGGAGAGGUUCCUAAUGCUGUUUCUCUUGUUAGUGCACUCUCUGCUGUCUCUGGAUUAGCUCUGCUUGAAAGGGGCAGGGAAAUUUAUAUGUACAUUAAAAAAAAUGGAUUUAGUUUAGAGGGUGUUCUUGGGAUUUGUCUCAUUGAAAUGUUCUCGAAGUGUGGGGAAAUUGAAAGUGCUUUCUCUAUCUUUAGGGAUAUAAGAAGAAGGAAGUUGGGUCAUUGGACUGCUAUGAUUAUGGGGUUUGGAAUGCAUGGAAUGGCAAAUAGAGCCAUUAAGCUGUUCAUGAAAAUGCAGGAGAAGGGUUUGAGACCCCAUAGUAUAGCAUUCAUUGGAUUGUUGAAUGGAUGCAGUCAUGCUGGAAUGGUGAAUGAAGGGCGCCAUUAUUUCGAGUUGAUGAGAAGUGAGUAUGGAAUUGAGCCAACAGUCGAACACUAUGGCUGCUUGGUCGAUCUCCUUUGUCGAGUGGGGAAUCUGGAAGCUGCAAAGGAUGUUAUUGAUCAAAUGCCUAUGAGACCUAACAUGAUAAUCUGGAUGAGCCUACUGAGUGGUUGCAGGAAAUUUGUGAACAUUGAGAUUGGUGAAUUAGCUGCCAAAUCUGUAAUUGAAUUGGACCCAGGAGCCACUGGAUCUUAUGUUCUCCUCUCCAACAUAUAUGCUUCUGUUGGAUUAUGGGACAAUGUUUCGAAGUUGCGGGAAUCAAUGAGAAGAAAUGGUGCGAGAAAGGAACCUGGUUGUAGUUUGGUUGAACACAUGGGUUCAAUUCAUGAGUUUGUGGUGGGGGAUAUAUCUCAUCCUCAGAGAGAUGAAAUCUAUGCAAAGAUGAAUGAGAUGAAAGAAAGGCUAACAUGUGCAGGAUAUGUUCCUGACACUUCACAGGUGUUAUUAUAUGUAGAAGAGAAGGACAAGGAGGUUGAAUUGGAAUACCAUAGCGAGAGGCUCGCCAUAGCCUUUUGCCUGAUCAAUAUGGAGUCUAUAGCGCCAAUGCGAAUCAUUAAAAAUUUACGGGUUUGCAAUGACUGUCACAAUGUGACAAAGCUUCUAUCAAGUAUUUAUAAUUGUGAAAUCAUUGUGCGGGACAAUAGCCGCUUCCAUCAUUUUAGAAAUGGUUCGUGCUCUUGUAUGGAUCACUGGUAAUCGAGGUCUUCCUUUCUUGAUUUAUGCUAUUCAAUAGUUCAGAAGAACUGUCACAGAUUCUUGGGAAGAUCAUAGCCAUAUUAAUCAUUUAUAUAAAGUUGAUUGUGGGCAUAUACAUUGAAUCGACAUCUAUAGGUGACCUUGAUUGGCUCUUUAAUCUUUCAUUUCUGGAGUAGAGUUUUUGUAAAUCCAUCCGUUUACAGGUUGACUUAAAAGUAUAACAGGCUUCUCUCAUUUGAGUAAGAUUCAAAUUGUUAGAUGAGUGAGAAUAAAAAAGGAAUACGUCCAAGUAAUGUUUUGUGUUGAAAAUGAACUGCAACGUGUUGCUAUCUGAUCAAUUGACCUGUUUUUAUUUGGCCAAUAUAUAAUAGAAUUUCAACUUUCAUGGAAUAAAUGGUACACUAUGUUUAAGGACUUGAACUUCACUUUCUUUUGCAUGGGUAACUCCAUGGAGGGCACUAGCUUUGCUCUUGGCGAGUUUUUGAAACUGUUUUUCAAGCUUUUCAUCCCUGCUUAGAUUUGUGUUUCUUAUACAGUUACAAGUACUUCAAUGGCAACUUUCCAUGCGCAUGCAUACAUGUUCAAGCAAAGGGUCUCUACUCUGCAAGCUCUGAUUUUGGAUUUUUAGUUGGGUUGGCGAUCUCCAAGUUAUUAUGAUGAUGAAAGCGAUAAGCUCUAUUGUAAUGAUUGAAUUGUCAAAUUUGUUCUUAUUGAUGGUAACAAACUUUGAAACCUUUACCAGAACUAGCACAUCAUAUACUUCUCCUGGGAUAAUUGAAGAAAAUUUUCGAGCUUGAUGA